AUGGGGUGUUUUUCAACGCCUUUAAAAUCCUCUUUCUCUGCUGUUGUAUUAUUACUAUUUUUAUUGUUCACUUUAAUACCACAACAAACCAGAUCACAAUCUUUACCAAUUGAUGAAUUAAGAAGUGCAAUCUUUUUAAUCAGACAGUUCCAACUUAAUAUUGGGCAAGACCAAACCAGUGUUUGUUCCUCCACGGUAUUCUCGUGUGUUGUCAUUGACAUUGAUGCUCAUAUUACUGAAAUAUCAUUAGUUGGAUCAACAUUUACAGGUGGAGGAUUACCAGAUACAAAUCUAGUUAGAUUGGAUUUCCCUAAAUUGAAUGUACUAGAAAUCAGACAAGUUGUUGAAGUGGCAGAUAAUUCAAUCAAUCUAUUGAACCUUGUUAGAGAUUUGCCUCUGCUUCAAAGUAUUAUCAUCAAUGGUUAUCCACAACUCACAUCGGUGCCUGUUGGAUUCCCAAUCAAUUUGACUGCCUUACAAAGUAUAGACUUGAAUUACAACGGUAUUACAAGUAUUCCGGGAUUCUUUAAUAAUACAGUUGCAUCAUUCAUCUCUGUUCUUAAUCCACUCGUCGAUAUUUCAAUUGAUGAUACUUUAAACCUACCCAAUUUAAAUAUACUUUCAAUCAAGUAUAAAGCCGCAUCAUUGUCAUCUCCAAAGACAUUUAAUCUAAAGUCUAAUUCAUUUCCACAACUUUCUGGGUUUAGUAUCGUACUUGAAAAUGAAACUAUUGUCACCAUCAAUUAUGAAAUUGGUGUUACUAAAUCAAUAUAUUGUACAACUUGGAUGCCUGUAGAGAGAUACAAUUCAUUAUGUCAUUUACAAAUUAAAAAUACUAGUAGUCUUGUAACACUUGAUCUUAGUGGUACCCUACCAACCUCUACCUUGUCACCCGUAAUCAAUUCUAUAAAUUAUCCUGCUCUUGUUAAUUUAGGAUAUACUUCAUUUCCAUUAUCACAAUUCCCACCAAAUUUGACAAAUAUUCAAUUAAAAGGUAAUUAUAUUAAUUUUAUAGGUGUUACUAUGCCACCACAAGUUAAAUCAUUGGAUUUGAGUUUCAAUCAACUUGUCAAUAUCGAUUUUGGAACUAUAUUUGCAAAUUCUGUUUGGUUGGAUUUAAAUGUUGCAUCCAAUCUUGGUCUUGUCACACCCGUUCCAGUGUCCAUGUGCAAGAAUACAAUUCAUAUUGAAAAUACUGCCAUUCCAACUGUACCAGACUGUUUUUGGUGUAAUUAUAAUAUGACUGCCUGGUUCUCUACUAGUUUACCAUACCCUUCUACUUUUGCUUGUGAUUUUAAAUUUCUUCCAAAUAUUAUCUAUACAAUUAAUGGACAAGGUAUAUUGAAAGGAACGAAUAUUGGGUAUGGUGGAUACGGUGGUUUAUCGAUGGCUACCACUCCAAACUCUAUCAUUCCACUUAAUAUUACUAGACCUGCUUGGUCGCCAAUACCCUAUUCCUUCUUUCUAAACCCACUUGAAAAAUGGAGUGCAAACGUUCAAAUCACCGAUGUCACCAUUGAUUUCAUAUCACCACCCGUUUUAUUUUCACAACGCGCCUAUAAUUUGUGGAUUGAUAUGCAAAUCAUCCAGAAUGAUAAUUUCACCAGUGAGGCAAGACUCACUUCCCAACUAACUGGAAAGGUUACUAUGUGCUCAUUUUCAAUGAGCGAUGGUACAAGAUUAAUAUUGGAAACGAUUGGAACACUGCAAAACGGACCACACAUUUUAAAUAUAUCUAACCCCCUUACCUAUGAUACAGCACAAUUUAACUUUACACAAGCCUAUCCAAUCAUAUCAAAUGUGUCACCCAAUUAUUUGGUCUAUGGAACCUCUAUCACUAUCAACGGUGAGUUUGGUACUGCUCCACGAACAUUUGACUCGAUCCUCAUACAGAAUAGUACCUAUUCCGUGCCAUGUACCUAUAUGGGUAUAUUCAACAACAAUCUUUUACAAUGUACAUUGUAUGCAUACGCACCACUAGGUGUAACCUAUAUGAAUGUCACCGAGAAUGGGUAUUGGACAACUUACGCAUACUCUUACACCACCCCACAAAGUCAAUGUAACCUUGAAACCAACAGGUGUUCGGGAAAUGGUUAUUGUAAUGAAACUGGUCAAUGUCUAUGUAAUAAUGAUGGUGGAUAUUAUAAUAAUUGUUCAAAGCCAUAUCCUGUAAUUGGGUCGGGAGAAUAUAACUUGAAUCAAACUAGAAAUAUUUCAUUGUACGGUGAUUUUGGACCUUUUGGACAAUCGAAUCUGUCGAUCAAGGUGAAUAAUACAUUUGAUUGCUCGGUGGUUGAUAAAUCGCAACAAGUCAUUCACUGUCAAUUAUCGAAUCAACCAAAUUAUGGACUGUCGUCUGUUCAAUUACUAGUCGAUGGCGAAAAUACAAAUGUUAGAAAUAUCUUACAACUACGUCAACCAAAUCCAAAUAAUAAUAAUGGCGGAACUACGACUACGAACCCAAUAUCAACAACUACAACCACAACAACUACUACAUCUGGAUCUUCAACAGAUACACCACAACAAUUAUGUAUUCAACAAACAUCAAAUUGUUAUGGUCAUGGCACUUGUGAUGUAUAUGGUAUUUGCCAAUGUGACAAGGAUUAUAAUCAAGAUGAUGAAUGUUUUACAAAGUUUAUAAAUACAACGAUUACACCAAAUACAACAGACCCAACAGUAUCAUUUGAUAUUGAUGGAAUUGAUUUCCAAUUUGAAAUUGUGUCUAUUCAAGAAUUGGAUUUAAAUGGUGAUGUUGUUAAUAACAAGGAGUUAUUGAUAUCUGAUUAUACUUGGAUUGUGAAUGCAUCAACCAAUAAUAUUACAACUGUAGUUGAUUAUCAAUUAAAUACAACUUUGGCCAACCCAACUGGAAAUGAGUCAUCUCCUUCAUUUGACUACUUCCAAUCAGUUAGUGUAUUAUCAACGAUAUCAUUCUCAACACAACCAAGAGAUAUUCAAUUUGGAGAUCAACUAUUACACAUCAAUCCAAACUCUAUAAAACUGGCAAUUAAUAUUACAAAUUGGCAAUACUCUUCAAAUUUAGCAACACUCAGAGUUGUAUUUAGAACUGUCAUUAUCAACAACCAAACAGUCCAAUAUGAUUGCAAUGAAAAAGAGAUUGAUCCACUGUCAUAUGAUUCAUUGUCAUCAUUGCAAUACCUCAGAGUGAUCAAAGAUGAUAUUCAAUUCAAUGGUAGAUUUAUUGAUGUUGCACUAUCAAAUGGUCGACCAACCUAUUCACAAACACAACUCAUUUCAUUGACACAGUCAACUAGCAAUGUUAAUGAAUCGGUUGCUCUACUCGGUAUCAACUUGCCUCAAUGUCAAUCAUGUGUUCUCGAUCCUGAUUUCACUCCACUGCUCAUUGACAAGGGAACAGGUGGUAAUGACAAGUGUGGUGGAGGCGGUAGUGCCCAAUCGACAGCUUGGCGUAUCGCAGUUGGUGUGGUAGUUGGUGGUAUCGCUGCCAUCGCUUUAGCCACUGCAUCGAUCAUCUACUACAAAAAGAAGAAACUAAACAGGCUAUACGAUAAAAAGGUUGCAAACAAAUUAAAGAAGGGGUACCCCUCAUUCAUCUCAAAUAGUGAAUAUGUUGAAAAAGAUCUUCAAGAAGGAGUAUUGGUGUGCACGCAAUGUGGUACGUUGCUCGAACCAGAUGCUACAUUAACCAAUGAAGACUUGUUUGGUACGUCGAUAGUAUACAAAGACCAUUCUUUACAGAGUGGUAUACCAGGAGGUACCAAUCCAUCUUCAAGAGCAUUUAAAAAGAGAAGUUAUCAUACCUAUUCAAAGGGUAGUAGUGGUAACGGUAACGGUAGUAAUGGUUGUACUAAUCGUAAUGGUAAAGCUACCUCUUCAGCUCCAAAUGUUACAAAUGAAAUGUCAAAUCAUAUGAUAACACAAAUAGAUGCAAUUAGUGAAACAUUGGGAUUUAAUACAGGGUUGAAACAAGAGUUGUUUACACUAUGUACAUUUACUAUUAGAAAGUUACCUAAUCUAAAGUUUAUGAGAACUAGAUUAAUCGUAGCUGCCAUUGCAAAUAUUAUCAUUAAACAAAAUAAGAAACCAAUUAGUUUAUUGGAAAUAUCUACAAAAGUAGGAGUAGAAUUUUAUGCAUUGGGAAAAAUAACAAGACAUAUUAUAAAGGAUAUGGAGAUUGAAGUGACAACGACAGACUCUGAUAUACAUAUUUUCAUUGACAGAGUAUUCAGUCGAUUCAAUGAAUCCUAUGCAGGAGACCAACUUAAAAGUCUAAAGAAACUAACCGUAGAGAUUAUUCACUUUCUAUCACUCAAUCAUGUCAUUGAAGGUCGUCAUCCUCCUACAAUGGUUUGUUGUUCUGUUUAUCUAUCAAUGAAAACUUUAGAAUCAAAAACUAAAAUACCUCCUGACCUAAAUAAAUUAAUAGAAAUAUUAUCAAUUAAAAGUACGGCAGGAUUUACAAAAAGAAUUAAAGAGAUUGAACAAUUGUUGAUCAAUUAUUCAAAACAACAAACUCAAACUUCGAUUUUAAAAUCAAUGACUAUCAAUGUAAAGAAUCUUCCUCAUUAUACUUCAUUUAUCGUAAAUGAUUGUCUAAUGAAUUGUCAAUCAAGAAUUAAUGAUGAAGAUGAUCUUUUAUAUGAAGAUGGUGAUUUAGUAAUUGAAAAUAAUAAUAAUAAUAAUGGUCAAGAUAAUGGUAGUCUAUCAUCUGCAUCAUCUGGUGAAGAAGAAGAAGAAUCUGAUCAUUCACCACAACAACAACAACAAGAAACUAUUACUAGUACAACAACAACAAAUAGUACUCCACCCUCAACCACAACAACAACCACAUCAAUUAUUGUAUAUAAUGAACCAAAUGAAGUGGAACCAACAUUAGAAUCAACAAAAAAAAAGAAAAGGAUAAGAAAACCAAAGAAACCAGGUAGAGCACCAAAUUUCAAAGACUAUCUAUCAAUGUGUGAUCUAAUUGGAUGUCCACCAUCAUUUAUAAACACCUCUUACAAGGAAAUGCGCAGACGAUUAAAUGUAAUUGGCGCCAAGCAAAGGCUCAUCACUGUCAUGUCUCCCGAUCAAUUGCCAGCCAACAUUUCAGUAACUGCCGAUGAUUUGGAAUUCCUCAAGAAAUACCAAAUCUUUAGCAACUCUAAUCCAAAUGUUGGAAAACAAUCACUCAUGCAACUUCAUCAACACCUUACCAAUGUUGAAAAUCUCCCUUCUCCUGCUAUCUCUAUGAUGGAUAUGGAUAAUUUUGAUCUGGAAUCUUAUAUUCCAAAUUCUUCAAAUAUUUAUGAAACUUUAUUAUUAAAUAAUAUAAGUGAAAAAAGAAUUAUAGAAGGUGUAUUUGAUUUAUCAGAGAUUGAAUCGAAAAAGAUUUUAUCAACUCAUCCAAAUCUAUCAAGUACAGAAUUAUCUGAACAUGAUAUGUCCAAUAGUGAAAUGUCAUCAUAUCUUCGUACUAGUUCAGAAAAACUACGUUUGCAAAUGAUUCUUAGUACUUUGGAUAAUAAUAAUAAUAAUGAUGAUGAUGAUUCUAGUUCUCCAUCUCCAUCACCAAGAAAAUUAUUACCUCCUCCUCUUCCUCCCUCAACUCCACUAUCACCAAAACCAAAGCAACCACUACUACGACUAAAAGAUAAUAACCAAAAACAAGAACAAGAAGAGCAAGUAGUUGAAAAGUUAAAGAAAGAAACUCAAAAAGAGGAUAUUAAGGUCAUCGAUGAAGAUGAAGACCAAGAUGAUGAAGAUGAAGAAGAUGAAGAUAGCGAAGAUGAUAAAGCAGACAAUGAUGAUAAUUGUCGUAGUUUAUAUAGUCAUAAUGGCACUUAUGAAGAUGACGAUGAUUAUUAA